UGCUGCUACCGCCGCCUCCGCGGUCGUUUCUGACCGCCUGGCCGCGGGGCUCGCCUGCAAGGUGAGAUGGGCCCUCCGGGCUCCGUCUAGUUCACCAGAGACGGCUCCUGGGUCUGAGAUCCUCAGCUGUGCUGGAGCUGGAGGCUUUGCUUUCUAGCCUGAGGAACUCUGUAGAAGCGGGAUGGGGUGGGGGAUGUGGGGUCCUGGGUACAAAUGACGGUUAGCGGGCAGGGUACAAGUGACACCUGAGGGUGGGGGCGUAAAUGUGGCUGACGUCCCGUUCCUACCUGGUCCUCGUGGCUCUAUGUGACCUUGGAAGAGUAGCCUCUGAGCCUCCGGUGCCCGGGCACGAUCAUGAGGAGGAUGUUGAUGUUGGGAGUGUCGGCUCCAGAGACUCCUGCGUCAGCCUGGCGAGCUCAGAGAGCGCAGGGCAUUAUCUCAGAUGGACAGAUCCGCGGCCUUGCUCUUGGUGUGGGUUCCUGCUGCUGUCUCUGGAGCAUGGCAGGCUGCUGAGGUUGAGUGGCAGUGUCAAGUAGGAGCUGCGUGUCUUGCCCAGUGGCAGGGAGCGUGUCCAUGGCUGCAGCCAACAGAGGCAGUAAGCCCAGAGUCCGAAGUAUCCGCUUUGCAGCAGGCCACGAUGCAGAAGGCUCCCAGAGCCACGUCCACUUUGAUGAAAAGCUGCAUGACUCGGUGGUCAUGGUUACUCAGGAGAGUGACAACAGCUUCUUAGUCAAGGUUGGCUUCCUGAAGAUCCUGCACAGGUAUGAGAUUACCUUCACUCUGCCUCCAGUGCGCAGACUGAGCAAGGACAUCCGUGAGACCCCUGUCCACAGCUUGCACCUCAAGCUGCUCAGCGUCACACCCACCUCUGAAGGUUACAGCAUCAAGUGUGAGUACUCGGCACACAAAGAAGGUGUUCUCAAAGAGGAGAUGCUCCUGGCCUGCGAGGGUGACAUAGGCACCUGUGUGCGUGUGACGGUGCAGGCGCGGGUCAUGGACCGGCACCACGGUACACCCAUGCUGCUGGAUGGUGUCAAGUGUGUGGGCGCUGAGCUGGAGUAUGACUCGGAACAGAGCGAUUGGCUCGGCUUCGACUGAGGCCUGGGACCGUGCCUGCCUGCCUGCCUGCCUGCCUGAGCCCCUGAGCCUUAAACUUCACCUGCUCCCCGACAUGCUGUGUGACGGUGUGGCUUCCUCACCUCUCCCCUGGUGGGCAUGGCAGGGCUAGACCUUGCUCAUGCCCCCCACCCCCCACUUCUGCCUUCAUUCCUUCCACCACCCUGCCUCUCCGGUCUCCUCCCCCACUUCCUCCUCUCCCAUGUGCCUGAGUCUCCUAACCGAAGAAAAGGGUUGAGCCCCAAGGAGGCUAUCUGAGAGGAGGGACCUGGGGUGGGGUUUACCUCUUCCACCCCAAGCCAUAGGGAGCUCUAUUGGGAGGGGACAGGUGGCUGUCUGUGUGACAUUGAUGCCCCAUUGCUGCUGCUACUGUCGUCUCCCCUUCUUCACCUCUGCUGCCCUCAUCUCCCUUCUCCACUGCUGGUUGUGUGGUGAGGAGGUACAGUUCCUAGCCCCUACCCCCUCAGGUCUGUGGUACUUGGUUUUUAAAUGACUGGUUGGGAUAGAGACCUCAAUAAAUAAAAACUCCGGUAGAUUUCA